AUGGCUACUGAUACCACUCUGCUGCCACCCGUGCUCAGAACUCAUCUGCCGCACACUGAAUUUCUGGUCAGCUGGAUAUGUGUACUUAAGAAGGAGUAUUAUGCGGCUCUGAGGACUCGGAACGAGAGGGCUCAUAAUGUAACGAUAAACCUUCCUCCGGCAGAAAUGUACGGACAGAUCCAUGCUUCUCAUAUUGCGGCUGAUAUGAGAAGUACGUUUCCCAGAAUGCGAUUCGUGCUUCUUGUGGGAAUCGCUGGCGGAGCACCCUCUCCAAAGCACGACAUCCGUCUCGGUGAUGUGGUUCUCGUCCAGGCUGGCUUGGUCCAAAUCCCAUCCAGACAGCUGUUCGAAGCGAUCACUUUCGUCGAAGAGCGCCUUUGGUCGGAGGAUGUGCACCUAUCAGAGUCCAUUGGGAGCAUUGGUGCAAAGUUCACCAAAGAUGCCGAACACUUCCUGCGUCCCACUCAGGAUCGACUGAAUAGAGAUGUUUUCACCCAUAGAGAGUCGGAGUGCGAUUGCUUACGGCCUGAAUCACGACAACGAGUCAAUCUUGGUAAGCGGGACGACCGUACGAAAUACCGGGUCCAGUUGUUCCAAGGCGCUAUUGGUUCAGGCAACCAGGUCAUGAAGAAUGCCCAAAGCUGA